GCAACAAAAACAAAUUAGGGCUUCUCUCUUAUGGGAGUUUGCAGAAAAAGAGUACCCUAAGUAACACCUUAAGGCCUUGUCUGUCUCUUUGUCAACUGCCAAAUAUUUUCUUCAAUACCGAUCUAGUAGUUUUUGGGUGAAACUUGUCACUAUUUAAAUCUUAAUUCUAUCACUAAGCCAAACGCCUGAAGGUGGCCUAUCAGUAUUUUCAAGCCUGUUGGCUCUGUCUACCCCGCAAGGGAUAUAGACGUGAUUAUAUAUUUUUAUGUAUGUACGUGUAGUAAGUACAUAAAUUUUAUGGAUUAUGGAUAAAUUAUCUUAUGAAUAGCUUUGUCUGAUUGUAACAUCUUGUACAAUUCCGUGAAAAAUACCUACAAUGUAAUUUCAUUUUUAUCUCUUUGUAAGCAAGAAGAUUACAAACAAAGAUCGACUUUAUUCUUAUUAUCAUGGAAAUGAUAUUACAUUAUAUACUAUUACUUUUUAUUUACUGUGUGAAUACUAUUGUAUUCGGUUUAAACUAUAACCUUGUUACAAAACAACAAUAAUUUGAAUUCAGAAGUUUAUUGCCAACUUAGGUUAGUAAUAAUAAGACGUGCUGCCAACCUUAAAAAUUUUUUAUCACACAUGUGAUUCUUUUUUGUUUAUCAAUAACGCCGAUAUUGAGCGAUAGUGUAUCGAAAUAUUUGGACAAGGAACUCCCGCCUCCAGGCAUGUCCCGCACGGUACGCAACGAGCAGUACAAGGGCGUGGUGGAGAACUUCUCCAUCCCGGCGGAGAUCCACGAGCGGGAUGGCAGGAAGUUCGCCAGCUUCGGCGCCGUGGUGCCCAUACAUUGCUGCACCUCUGAGGAGAUAGCCGAGCGCGCGAAGACCACGCACCACUAUUGCGAUGUGUUCACUGAAGAGAAGAUGGCGCCACUGGGAGAACUGGCUUACGUCAGGCUCGACGAGAACACGGCCGAGAAGGUGUUCAUAAAUCGUAGUAAGAAAUUGCUGAUGGUGUCGAGCGACGGCCGCAUAGCUCAGUGGCGGUGCGCGCCGAGCUUCGAGUCCAACAACCAGUUCCUGGCCGGCACCCCCGUGGUCAACCAGGACGGGGCCCUGGUCACCGUGGUCACCGCUAAGAAGGGGAACCAUUACGCUGUCUCUACUUUCGAGGGCGAAGGCGGGUACUUCGAGACGUCAUCUCUAUGGCACACCAUCGACCUGGCCGAGGGCCGCGUGGCGUACGGGCUGCACACGUUCUCGUCGCGGGAGGAGCUGCGCGCGCACGUGUCGCGGCUGGCGCGCGCGCCCGCGCACGGCGCCCCCGCGCCCGCGCUGUUCCGGGCGCGCCGCCCCCGGGUCGCCUUGGUGGAAGCCGGCGGGAAGCAACUAGCGCAUAUUUAUCUACAGCCUGGAAUCGUGUCCGACGUGGAAUAUUUGUAAAGUGGUUACCUUUCAUCGAUAUAGUAUCAUUUAAAGGCGUAAAGGCAGGCAUCCUUAAGACUUUUUAAAACCAUAUAUAGCAACUACUGCCCCUUUACUCACGAUCCUUGAAAGGCAAUAAGUCUUCCAUCCCUUUCUACCACUCAGUUAACCUCGCAGUUAGAAAGAGAGUGGAAAUAUCACAUUAGCCUUUUAAGGUUCCUGACUAAGCCUAUAUCGCACUUAUCUACUUUGUUGACGAAUGUCAUAAUCCGAUAUUAUAUGAAAAAAAAUAUAUUUAUUUUUAUAAUAUUAUGAAACGAUACUUACGAUAGCUUAAGCCAACAGUCUCCAGCCAACAAAAAAGCUAUUUGUAUGUAUAACACAUUAGAUUAUGACGCAAAUAUUUUUUUAAAUUGGUAUUUUAUUACUAAAGCAAAAGUUUUUACUUUUUAAAAUACUUAGGUAUCUAUUAUAUUUCUAAACAUAAUUUAUUCAGUGUGCUUUUGAUGUUAGACAUUGUUUAAAUUUUUAAGUACUUUUUAAUGUAUUAUAUUACAUUAUUUUACUAACAUUUUGUAAUAAAAAAGAUCAUGAAACAAUAUUCUUAAUUAAAAGGAUAUAAAUAAAAUAUGAAAGAAAAAAAUUAACUUGCUAACCUAACAAUAUACACGUUUUUGUAAAUUUUUUUAUAUUUUCUUGUCAAUAAAACAAGUUUUAAAUUUUUUAA